AUGGUAAAGGAAUCGCUCAACGGACGGCAGCCCACCGCCAUCAAGGAGGUCACAGAUAAAUAUGGGUCACUUGCACGGAUUGGACCGAAUGAACUGGUGACGGAUGAUCCAGAGGUCCUGAGAAAAAUGAUGGGUGUUCGCUCUGCCUACACAAGAGGCCCUUGGUAUGAUGCGAUGCGUUUCGAUCCUACCAAAGACAAUCUCUUCUCCAUGCGUGACGAAGUCGCGCACACCAAGCUACGUGGCAAGAUGACUGCUGGGUAUUCGGGCAAAGAGAACGAAUCAAUGGAGAGCACCGUUGAAGUGCAAAUUGCAAGGCUGGUUGACCUCAUUGAGAGCAGAUAUAUCUCGUCAGACCUAGUCUACAAUCCCAUGGACUUCGCUCAGAAAGGCCAGUACUUCACCUUGGAUGUCAUCAGCGCUCUUGCCUUUGGCGAUCCUUUUGGCUAUCUAGAGGAAGAUGAUGAUGUGUUCAACUAUAUCAAGAUUACCAGCUCAUUUAUCCCGAUCAUUUUCAAAGCGUUGCGAGGAAAGUCGUAG